AUGUCUGAAUCUAAAGAUGUUGAAAUGAAGGGAGAAGAAUAUGACUUGGCUGCCGAAACUAAGUCCAUUGUUGAAGAAAUUGAGCAAUCCUUCAAUCUAUUGGAAAAAGCCGCCACCUUAUUUGACAACAGAUACGUCUCAAAGGUACUACGUGAUUUUGCUCCCCUUAGAAAGAAGCUAUUAACUCACGACCAAGUCUUGCCUACUAUAAUCAACAACUCUUUUCCCGAUUCCAAUUCUGCAAAACAAGAUUUGCUCAAGCUUUUUAAAGCAGGUCCAAUUACUGGCUCAGAGGGGGGAAACGCACAAUCACCGAUUCCUGAAGUCGAAUUGUUUAUCUACUUGUUAGUCCAAGUUUAUUUGUUGGACUCCAAUGAAUUACAGAAAUUGAAUGAAUUGAGCGUCCAUUUAGUGAGGGUGAUGAACUCUUACAACAGGCGUUCUUUGGACUUCCUACAAGCAAAAAUCUGGUUCUACAUAAGCAGAGGGAAGGAGUUGGUUGGAGACUUGUUGUCAGUCCGUACAGAUUUGUUGUACAGUUUAAGAACCGCCAGUUUGAGACAUGACACAGAGACCACGGCUUCCAUAAUUACUUUGUUGUUGAGAAAUUACUUGUUGUCUCAUGAUAUACAACAGGCUGCUAAUCUUGUGGAAAAAGUGGUUUUCCCAGAAAAUGCAGCAAAUGCAUUGGUUGCGAGAUACUAUUAUUACUUGGCCAGAAUCAAUGCCGUUCAAUUGGAUUACACUACUGCUCAUGAGUGCGUGAUUGCUGCCGUAAGGAAGUCGCCUCAGACUAAACUGGCUAACGGAUUCUUGCAAGCCGCAACAAAAUUGAACAUAAUAAUCGAGUUGCUCAUGGGUGAGAUUCCCGAGUUGAAGACUUUUAAAAACAAAACGGGUAGUUAUGAGCCAUACUUCAGUGUUACCAAAGCUGUCAGAUUGGGUGAUUUGAAGUUGUUUGGACAAGUAUUGAAAAAGUAUGAAGACGCAUUCAAGAAAGAUGAUAAUUUCACUUUGGUUUCAAGGUUGCGUCAAAACGUUAUCAAGACUGGUAUUAGAAUCAUGUCCUUGUCGUAUUCCAAGAUUUCUUUGAAAGAUAUUUGCAUCAAGCUACACUUGGAUUCAGAGGAAUCGACUGAAUAUAUUGUAUCGAAAGCAAUCAGGGAUGGUGUGAUUGAGGCAACAAUCAACCAUCAACAAGGGUAUAUGCAAUCCAGCGAGAUCUUGGAUGUGUAUUCUACAAAAUUGCCACAAACAGAGUUUGACCAUAGAAUCAAGUUCUGUUUAUCCUUGCACAAUGAUAGUGUCAAAUCCAUGAGGUUCCCCAAUGAAGACGACAAACAAGCAGUCAAUAAGGAGGUUGAACCUAGCGAUGAAGUGGAGUUGUUGAAAGCUAUAGAAGAAGGCGAUUUGGAUGAUUUCAUGGAUUGA